AUGGAUUUUAAAUAUAUUGAAGAAUUUGAUUACUUAGACAAAGAACAAAAAAGUCAAAUGCUAUUUAAUCUAAAAUCUUAUAUUAAUCAAUUGCAAUCUUAAAUUCAAGAAUUAGAAAGAAGUGCAGUUGAUAUUAUUAUAGAAAAAGAUGAAAAAAUUUUAUAGUUAGAGACCCUUCUUAAUUAAGAAUCACCAUCUAAACAAUACAAAAAAGAUGAAGAAAUAUUAUAAUUGAAAGUGUAUUAUCUAUUAUUUAUUAUAGUCAUAUAACAGAACUCUAUUAAAAGAUAGAUGCAGAUUAAAUUUAACAUUUCUAAGAAUUAUAAGAAAUGGAUUAAAAAUGGAAUACAUAUUUAUUAGAUUAGAUUCAAUAAAGUAGUUAAGAUGGACAACAAGAGAAAAUUGAAAUCUUAGAAUCAUUGCUCAAUCUUGAAAAAAAAAAUUAGAAGUAUGAUCAAGAAGUAUACUUUAAGGUAAAUUCUAGUUGAAAAUAAAAGAAAAUUAAUCAAUGAUUGAUAAGAAUACAAUUAGUUAACUUAUAAGUAAAAUCUAAUAUUUGCAAGAUGAAUCUUAAGAACUCAAUCAAUAAUUAAUUAAAAUGUAAAGGGAAAACAAUUUAUUACGUGAACAUUUUCAAUCAGAUAGAAAUAUACUAGAAUUAAAAAUAAAUGUAAGUUUAUCUAUCUAUCUUAUCUAAGAAAUUAAAUAUCAUACAAAAUUAAAAAGAAAAAUAAAUCUAGAGUCUAAGAACUCAAAAUACAAAGUAUAUUUAAAACAAUAAAGACUUAUUAGUAUAAAUAAAUGAAUUAUAAGAAUUACUUGAAGGUUAAAUUGAAAUAAAAAAUUAAAAACAUUCAGAAAAUCAUAUCUUCUAAUAAACAGCAAAUACUAUUAAUUAGAUAUAAAAAGAAGAAGUCAAUAUUACAGCAUUCGAAAUCCUAGAAGAAAGUUAUGAUGAAAAGGAUUAGAUGACUAAUUUAAGAUAAAUUUUAGAUGAAAAAUAAGAAUAGCUUGUUCAAUAUGAAGAAUGUAUUAGAUAAUCUACAAAAUAGAUAAAGGAACAAAGAGCACAAUUACAAUUAUUAUAAUAUUAACUUAAAUAAAUAAGAUCACAAUAAUUUAAUCAAAAAAAUCUUAAAGAAUAUAUUUAAGCUUUAGAAAGUGAUUUCCUAGUUUCAAAAUAAUUAUUAGCUGAAAAAGCAGAUCGUUAUUAAGAAUAAAUAAUAUUUUUGACUUAAGAAAAUUAUAAUCUUAAACAAAAAAUUAAAUGCUUCUAGUCAAGGUAUUAUAAAAAAUCGAAAUCAAAUAUUGAUUGA